GUCAAAGAUAAAUAACAGUUAGUGCAUUUUGUCUCACACUCAAAUUCUCUUAAACUUAUUUUCUUAUUGUAUUUAAUAUUCUAUGAUUAACUUAGAUUUUAAUAUAUGUUUAAAUAAUAAUCUUCAAUUACUAAUGGUCAUUUAAAGCCGAGAGUCAAAUAAACAUCACCACAAACACAAACAACAAGCAGCAAUGGAAUCGGGGCCAAACUCUAGCAAUGUACUUGCUUCUGAAUAUGCACUACGAGUUGCACUACAAACUAUGAAGGAAAGAUGCCUUGCAUUGCAACGUAGAUUGACUGAGCUGGAAGAAGAUAACGAAGAACUACGUGCACGUUCUGACCAAGUGAAACAAACAAACACAACACUAACUAGCAAUGGCAGUGUCAAUACUGAGGCGGGUGAAUUGCUGCAAUUGCGUGUGCAGGUCGAGGAGUUGAAUCGCCAAAAAGAACAAUUAAGCGAACACAUCAAUAUGGUUUCAAAUGAAAAUCGAAAACUAUGGUCGCGGCUGUCACAAAUAGCCAAAGAUAAAACCGGACAACGCGGUGCUACUAUUGAGCCAGAUUACACCAUCGGCAAUGAGACAGAUGAUAAUCCAACCAGUCCACGUAAUGGUAGCGGUUCAAAUCAAAAUCUUAUACGUUCCAAAACAUUUACACAACAUUCGCCAAAUCCUAAUUUACGCCAUAAGCUAAUACCGAAUGGUAAAGAACUUAGUAUGGAGGAAGUUGCGCUUGAACAGAAAUGUGACGUGGUCGAAGAUAAUGAUUAUGUACUACCAGCAGAUGGCGACUUGGGAUUCGCCUACUUAAAUGUAGACGAUAAUAAUGUCGAUGAUGCAGACUUCACUUCUGUAGCCAAAAAGUGUAUGGAAGGGUUGCAGGAAAUGCAACGUGAGGCGCUCAAGCAACAACAAGAACUAAAUUCUGCACUUACUGUUAUCGAGACCAGAAUUGCACUGCAGCCGUGCGCAGAUUGUGCGAAGAAAUCGCAGAAACCCGAAAUGGCUGACAAAAGUCUAGAAACUGACGAAAGUCUUAGUGAAAUAAUGCAUAUAAAUAAGAAUAACGUGUCCAAAAGCAACAAAGCAUGGUCCGGAUCUAAUGAAGCAGUAGAAGAAGACCUGUCAUGCACCAAUGAAGCGGAGGAAGAAGAAACCUUCUUAGGCGUUGAUGCAUAUUAUGACAAAGUACAAAAUGUACUCAAUAUGGAUGCCGCUGAACGUGUGUGUCCAAUGUGUGGCAGAAAAUAUGACGGCUCAAUUGCGUGGGAAGCAUUCCAACAACAUGUCGAAGCGCACUUCCUCGACAGGGACGAUAUUGAAUUCUGACAAAACCCGAAAAUCUACUUUUCCUCAGAAUUAUGAGAUGCACAGCGAUUUAAUGAAGUUAUACUGCGUGCUUGUGGCUAUAAUGGACUGAUUUUGUUGAAGAAAUUAAUUGAUAUAAUAAAUAGUGUGUUGUUUUGUACGAAGCCAAUGGUGUAAUACAUUUACAAUAAUAAUUAUUUAAGUAUUUUAUGUAAUAUUAUACGAUGAAAAUUGCUUUAAAAAUGUAUGGGAAACCGUAUAGUAUUCAGUAUGAAGUACUAAAUUAUUCUACAUAAAUUUAGCUAACUCAAAUAAAAUGAGUAAAUAUAUGUUAUUAGAAGUAAAUUACUUAUAUAUGCAUUAAAUAUGAUUGGUAUGUUAUGUAAAAUUACAAGAAAAUUUUAAAUAUAUAUGUAUUUA